AGGCGAGGGACUACAAGUCCCAGGCGUCCCCGCGGCCGCCAUCGCACAGUCUCCAAGCCCCCUGCCCGGAGGAGGGGGCUACAUUGUGUCUAUUGUAGCUUUUGGCCGCCUCUUCGGGAGACCUUCUCGGGACGGUGAAAUCGGGCCUGAAAAGCAUGGCUGAUGAGCAGGAAAUCAUGUGCAAGCUGGAGAGCAUCAAAGAGAUCAGGAAUAAGACCAUGCAGAUGGAGAAGAUCAAGGCCCGACUGAAGGCAGAGUUUGAAGCCCUCGAGUCAGAGGAACGGCAUCUGAAGGAAUAUAAGCAAGAGAUGGAUCUCUUGCUACAGGAAAAGAUGGCCCAUGUGGAGGAACUGCGUCUGAUCCACGCGGAUAUCAACGUGAUGGAGAACACCAUCAAACAGUCAGAGAAUGACCUCAACAAAUUGCUGGAGUCCACCCGGCGGCUGCAUGAUGAGUAUAAGCCCCUAAAAGAGCAUGUGGAUGCUCUCCGCAUGACCCUGGGCCUACAGAGGCUUCCAGACCUGUGUGAAGAGGAGGAGAAGCUGUCCCUGGAUUACUUCGAGAAGCAGAAGGCUGAGUGGCAGACGGAGCCUCAGGAGCCACCCAUCCCUGAGUCCCUUGCUGCUGCUGCUGCGGCAGCCCAACAGCUACAAGUGGCUAGGAAACAAGACACCAGGCAGACGGCCACAUUCAGACAACAGCCCCCACCCAUGAAGGCAUGCCUGUCCUGUCACCAGCAAAUCCACCGGAAUGCCCCCAUCUGCCCUCUGUGCAAAGCCAAGAGCCGCUCUCGGAACCCCAAGAAGCCAAAGAGGAAACAGGAUGAAUGAAAAGAAGACCCGCCUCAUGGAGCUCCCCUGCUCGGAGAGCCCCUUUCCCUUGGCCAGAGUGAUUGAGGUCCAGGCGUGAGCGUUCCUCCCCUCCUUCUUCUCCUCCUUCCAUUCUUUCCUUCUCCCCUCUGCCCUUCCUCAUCUUGUAUUUAGUGGGACGGAAGCACAACUCUUCUCUCAUGUUCUUAUUCCUUCCAGCCCUUGGGAUUUGGGGUUAGGAAGACAUAAGUUUCAGGUACUAAGGCCUGUGUGUCUGACAGCUCCUCCAGCCCUGAUUGCUGCCCCUCCCUUCCCCCUCCCCACUUCAGGAUGUCAGGUGGUGGCAGAAGGCAUCCAGGGGCCUGAUGGGCUAACAUCCCUGCCAAUGGUGGAUAAUGGUGGGGUAAGUUGCUGGUUACUCGCAGGGGCCCCGUGUCCCAGAUGGGGCUGGCACUCAAGGAAUUGUGGGAUCAAGGAGGCCCACUGUUCCAGAUUCAGGUAGGGGAGGGGUGAUGCCGCUCAUCAACAGUGGCUACAGCCGAGGGACCUUGGUGCUGUUUGUCCCUUUCGAAUUUGGAGAGCUACUGGUCUAUUUCCUUCCUCCCUCCUUCUGACUUCAUGGGUAGCAGUUGCCUCCAGCAGCCUUUUCAUUCUAAUUCUCCUCCCGCCCCAUGCCUUCCAGUCUUCCUUGGGGCCCAGUCUUAAAGGUGUGUCAAGGUCUUUAAGACCAGGGAAGCAGCUUGCAUAACCCACCUACUUCACUUCCUGAACCAGGCCAGUUGGGUGGUCCUCCCUAUUGUUUCUCUAUUUCCCAGGGCCCUAGAUGCUGACCCAGAAGAAUGUGGCUGGUCCAUUCUUCCUUUCCCUCUCCUUCCCCCAAUGGGAGGACCAUUCAGUCCUAUCCACUUACCCAGCCCCCUGAACCCUUGCAGUGAAACUAAUGCCAACACCCCUUUUCCCAGGUGACUCCCUUGUCCACUGCUUGUCCUGGCUGAGUGCCUAUUUGUGGCUCUGCACUCCCUGGGAAGGGGCACUAACAUUUGUCAGCCUGUUCGCUUGGAAGAACUAAUUCCCUUACAUUUGAUCAAUGGUGCUUUUCUGGGAGGCUGAGGCCAUGGGAGCUGUUGGGUAGUUCAUUCUGGAUAUUUCCAUGGUCCCAGCCCUCAUCUUCAUUUAGGAGCUGUGCUGUGGAUGUGUUGUUAUCGCCGUGAGUCAGUCAACCCCUCUGUUAGGCCCCCAACCCCUACCCACCAUGCACUUGGGUCAGUAGGAGAGAUGGAGGUGGGGGAUGGGCCUUUUCCUUCAAGGAAAGCCUAUCCUAUUAGCCACAUGGAGCACCCCCGUCCUCAGGACCUCCUUCCCUGGGGACCAUGGUCACAGCUUCUGAGCACACCUCUCCCCUGACAUACCAUCCCCUCCUGUAAGUAGAAGAGAAAGCUCUGGGCUCCUCUUUGGCAUCCAGGUCGCUCUCAUGGAGACCUUUCCUGGUGUUAAGAGGGUAGGCCUUGGCCAAGUUUGAGAAAGCUUCAACCCCAUGUCCCUGGCAGGGGGCAUUUUUUUCCUUCCUUGUUUAAUGGUAGUUUUAGUGAGUUGCCCUCAAGGGCCAUGUGUUCAUAACCCAAAAGGCUCCUCUGCCUCUUGGACUUAUGUGUGUUAUACCACUUGUCUAUACAAAUCCUAUUAAAUAAACAUCAU